AUGCCUAUUACACAUGUCGCUCUCUCACCUUCUCCAAUACCCGCUCCAACGUCGUGUGCUUCUCCAUGGAUUGUAAUUCCGACGACUAUUCCGCCGUUAAACUCCUCUCAGUUCCCGACGAUACCGUUAUCUACGAUCCUUCUACCUGCUAGUGGAGCACCACAUCCGUUAUGGGAGGCAUUCGCAAACCAGCCGUCGCUCAGGGCCGAGAAUGGCAUCAAGUUUCCAAUCCAAUUGACAGCUACAACCCCAAUUGCCUUGACGAGCGUGGUUGUCGGCUUCUUCUCGACAGGCGAAGAAGGUUUGUUUGACGAGGAGACGAUUGAGGAAAUGAUUACAAAGGGCCUGGAUGACAUGCGAGUCGUGCAUACUGGUGAUAUUGUCCGUGUGCAAUGGAUGAGCGUGCUAGCAAGAGUUCGGCUAUGCGAGCCAGUCGACCAGGGUGUAAUAACCGAAGAUACAAAAGUUAUUGUGGUCAAGGAAUCGAGGGGAAAGAAAACUGGGGAACCAGAAGAUGGACCGCUAGCAAAUGGGAUCGACUUGAAUGGCGUAGAUGAUAGCGACAGCGACGAGGAUGUAUUAUCGCAAGGCGAUGACGACGACGAAAAUAAUGUUGACUUACCUGGAGUUUCCACGUUUAUGGAUAUUGCCACCACGUUAGGCACCCCGUCUAUCAGUACGCCGCUUAGGAAUGGACCUGGUGCUUCGAUAUCUGGACUCUCGGAUGCACCCAAGGUGGUCAAGUUUACAGCAAAGCCACUUUCUCAAAAAAUCCCGACUACCUUGCUACUUCCAACGCCACCUGCAGCGGAUGAUGCCGAAGCGAGAGUAUAUGUUAGAGUAAAUGAACUGAUGGGCCUAGGUUGCUUCAGCGGAGAUUGGAUUGGGGUGGCGAGUGACCAUGGCCUAUUUGGAGACAGACUUCCUAACGGUAGCCGUGCUUGGAGACCAGCAAAGGUUUACUCCUUACCUGAGCUCUACGCUGGAAAGGAGAAAGUCAAAGUUUUGAUGAAAGGCUGUGUCUACAUGUCUCCAUUGCUUCACGCCAAUCUGGGUUCUCCGAGCUCCGUUGUUUUGACGAAGUCCCCAUUUAUGAACCCUUCAAAUAUACAACAAGGCGCUUUGCUGUCACCAGUUACGACCGCACCUCCUAGUUCAGCGACACCCCAAAUCCCUCCUACUGCCAAGGAGGUGACUCUGCUUCGGAUAUCUACACCUAUAUCCACAGAUAGAGCUCUACAGCCGUCCCUUCUGGCUGGGCUUAAAACUUACUUUGAAACUUCACGCAAAAUGGUCAAAGUUGGAGAUCUAAUACCAGUCUUAAUCGAUGAGUCUCUAGGUCGUAACCUAUUCUCCCCAGCUGCAUUGCUACCUCCAGAUGCCGAAAAUGCAGAAGAGAUACCUGGCGCUGGUGACGAACUUCUUUACGGAUCACACGGUGGAGCAGGAAUUGGAGUUAACAAUACUGGAAAGCUUUGUGCUGCCUGGUUCCGCGUCGGCACGAUAGCACCUACCGACGAGGCUACCAACGCUUUUAGUAACGGCAUGACAUCACAACAAUGGGGUGGUGUAGCUAUCGUCGACCCAGGAAGCACAAGGAUGGUACAAGCAGGAAGCGAAAGGGGCAGGAUUCCACCGACAUUGAACAGCCCUUGGGAAUAUUAUCUUAAUAUUGUUCCGCCCCCAAUUCCGAACAACCCACCUCCAAUCCACCCCGCUCUCGAGCUCCCAAAUAAUUACAUAUCUCCUGUGCAUCGCCGACUGCGAGAGCUAAUCUCAGCCGCUACAUCAUUGCGUUCUAUUAAGCUUGGGCUUGCACCAUUAGCGGUGCUAUUAACAUCCACCCAGCGCUCGAUCGGAAAGAGAUUGCUUGCCUACCGUGCGGCUUCCGAUGUUGGUGUUCACAUCUUCCACAUUGACGCUUACGAUAUCAUUGGCGAAGGUGGACAAGCUAGCGAUGUCAAGACCGAAGCAUACCUCCGAGCUCGUUCUGAACGAGCUGCGUCUUGCGGUAUUGAAAAUUGCGUGCUACUCAUCAGCCAUAUCGAAGCAUUUACUGCUGAGAGAAUGGCUGAGGCCCUACGGGAUAUCGUCGCAGAUAUGAGAAUUGUCAUUGCCACAACGACAGAUGUGGAUAAGGUACCUGAACCUGUAAGAAAUGUGUUUACACACGAACUCGAGGUUGGAGCACCAGAUGAGGGUGAGAGAACUGGGUUACUGAGACAGAUAACACAAGAAAGAGGUGUACGACUAGCAAAGGAAAUUGAUCUCAGCACAAUCGCUCUCAAAACCGCAGCCUUGGUAGCCGGUGAUCUCGUUGAUGUGGUGGAAAGAGCUAUGACGGCAUGCAGUGAGAGGAUGGAAGGGUUAGCCGCAGAAAUGGAAGGGGUUACUGUGAGAGAUAUACAACUGGCGGGCGGAGAUGCUAGCUGUCUCAAUAAACAGGAUUUUGAGGCUGCUGUUGACGCUGCGAGAAAGAACUUUGCGGAUAGCAUCGGUGCACCGAAGAUUCCCAAUGUGUCCUGGGAUGAUGUCGGUGGAUUAGCGAAUGUCAAGAGUGCGGUUAUGGAAACCAUUCAGUUGCCGUUGGAGAGGCCAGAGUUAUUCGCAAAGGGCAUGAAGAAGAGGAGUGGUAUCUUAUUCUACGGGCCCCCGGGUACCGGAAAGACACUUCUUGCCAAAGCGAUUGCUACGGAGUUUUCCCUUAACUUUUUUUCCGUCAAGGGUCCGGAGUUGUUGAACAUGUAUAUUGGAGAGUCUGAAGCCAACGUCAGAAGGGUUUUCCAACGUGCUCGCGAUGCCAGGCCUUGUGUCGUGUUCUUUGACGAACUGGAUUCCGUGGCUCCGAAGAGAGGAAACCAGGGUGAUUCCGGUGGUGUCAUGGACAGAAUUGUGUCCCAGCUUCUCGCUGAAUUGGACGGUAUGAGUGAAGGAAAAGAGGGCAGCGGUGGCGUGUUCGUGAUUGGCGCAACCAAUCGUCCGGACUUGUUAGAUCCUGCUUUGCUUAGACCUGGUCGAUUCGAUAAGAUGUUGUUCUUGGGUGUCUCCGAUACUCAUCAUAAGCAAUUGACUAUAUUGGAGGCGUUAACAAGGAAAUUCACUUUGCAUAACUCAUUAUCCCUUGCAAAGAUUUCUGAGACUUUGCCCUUUACAUACACCGGUGCAGAUCUUUAUGCCUUGUGCUCAGAUGCAAUGUUGAAAGCUAUCACACGUCAGGCAUCAAAAGUUGACCAGAAGAUCAAGGAGAUGGAGAACCCCGUUUCUACCGCAUACUUCUUCGACUACUUAGCAACGCCUGAUGAUGUAGCAGUGGCUGUUACAGAAGAUGACUUCAUGGAAGCAAAGAAGGAGUUAAUUGGAAGUGUUAGUCAGAAGGAAUUAGAGCACUAUGACCGGGUUAGGCAGAUGUUCGAGACGGUCGAUGAGAAGAAGGGUGACGCAACGGUUGAUAAAAAGGGGAAGGGGAGAGCAAUAGAGAUUAUGGUUGAUGGCCCUGGUACAGGCGGAGAGGGUGCUUUUGGAGACGACGGCGACGAAGAAGGGUUGUACUAA